UGCAAAAGGCCGACACCUCCAAAAGCCGAGAUUUAGCAGUAAUGAUCAUUUAUUCCUCACUCAAACACUCACUCACUCAAUGACUGAAUCUCACUUUUGUUAGUUUUUAGAAACCAAACAAAUCAAUUAAAUUAAGCACGCCUUGCCAACUGUUUCUGCUGCAAAUCGAUUGAAAACAUUUGACUAUAUACUACAGUACCAGUACUACUUUACUAGUAAUACUGAUACUAAUACUAAUACUAAUACUAAUACUAAUGCUUCUUCUUCACAUUGACAUUCACAUUGACAUUCACAUUCAGUCUUAGCACCUGAUGUUGAAAUGUCAACGGGAGCUGCUAAUAAUAAUAUUAAUGUUAGGAGAAGAAGAAGUGAGAGCAUUGGAGACAUGAGCCCUGACUCAGUUAUUCUAACAUUCGAAUCCAACUUCAGAAGUCUCUUCUCUUCUGCUUCUGCUAGUGUAGAUCGUUGUUCCUUCACUUCCGAUCAUGAUCCAGAUUCAAAUAAGUUUGCAGUAUCAUUAUGCAGCAAAAAAGUUGACAAAGCUAAAGUUCACCAGGAAGAAAACAACAAAAUAGUACAACAACAACAACAACAACAACAACAACAACAUCAUCAUCAUGUUGAUCAUGAAAUAGAACCUUUAGAUUCUGCAAGGACUUCUUUUUCACAAGCCCUUAAAGAAUGUCAGGAAAGGAGAUCUAGAUCUGAAGCGUUUAAUAACAAAUUGGAUCGACCAAGACCUGCUUCAUUAGAUCUUAACAAUUCAUCUGUUGCCAAUGUGGUGACUUCAUCACCCAAGUUGGGAGUCAUGAAGAAAGCUUCUGCUAUAUCUCGAAAAUCUUCUGGGAAUUUUCCGAGCCCUGGAACGCCUAAUUACCGCCAUGGGAGUGUUGGGAUUACCAAAGGAUGGAGUUCCGAGAGAGUUCCAUUGCCUUCAAAUGCUACUAAUAGAAGGCAAAUUGGUGCUGCAUUAUUGCCAUUGAAUAAUAAUAAUAAUAAUGGGAGGGGGUUGCCUUCCAAAUGGGAAGAUGCAGAACGAUGGAUUUUCAGUCCGCUGUCUGGGGAUGGAGCUGGGAGGGCUUCAUCAUCAUCAUCAUCGUCGUAUCAGCAGCCAAUCAGGCGGCCUAAGUCAAAGAGUGGGCCGCUUGGCCCGCCUGGGGUUGCUUACUAUUCACUGUAUUCACCUGUUGCUCCCAUGUAUGAGGGAAGCAACUUGAGCAGCCAUAUGGCAGGAUCACCUUUAUCAGGAGGUGUAAUGCUGGCAGAUGGCUGGUCUUUUCGUGUGAAUGCUGAAACUAGAGCUUUCUCCAAUAAUUUCGAGCCUUGUAUUGCUCGUUCUGCUAGUGUGCAUGGUUGCAGUGAUCUUGUAUGUCAAGGAUCUCUUACCAGCUCUCAAGAUGAAAGAGUUGAUGAUGUGAAGGAUGCUGCUACCUCUGUGUCUCGUGCUGUUUCUAGAAGGGACAUGGCAACCCAGAUGAGUCCUGAAGGUAGCUGUCACUCCUCUCCUAGAAGGUCUUCUUUCUCUCCAUCCACCCCUUCCAUCCUACCAAUUGUGGAAGUUCAGAGUUUUAGUUCCUCAAAACCAGAAGUGAGAGAUGUGCAGAUUGAUGAACGAGUCACUGUGACACGAUGGUCCCAGAAAUAUAGGGGGCGCAGUCCAGGUAAAGGGUCAGAAGAUGUGGAAAAAUGGAAGUUAAAAGCGGUAGAACCUCGUUCUUCUGCGUGGGAAGUGUCAGAGACAUCAAAGAGCCUUUCAAAGUCAAGGAGAGAUGAAGCUAAGAUUAGUGCAUGGGAAAAUUUGCAGAAGGCAAAAGCUGAAGCUGCCAUACGGAAACUUGAGAUGAAGCUGGAAAAGAAGAGGUCAUCAUCAAUGGAUAAGAUUUUGAAGAAGUUGAAAUCUGCUCAGAAGAAAGCUCAGGAAAUGAGGAGUGCAAUAUUAGACAACCAGGCGCUUCAGGUGUCUAAAAACAGCAAUAAUGCGAUGUCUUUCAGGACUCGUCAGAUGGGUUCCCUCAGCGGUUGUUUUACAUGCCAUGCGUUCUAACAGAAGAUGUUCUUUGGUGAACUAUCAAAUUUGUUCCGUGCAGAUGCUUUUAGAAAACCCCAUGAAAUUUCGCCUGUCUUGAAGAAACUAGAUGAUUUGUUGCCUAGCCAAUGUGCUGAGCCUAGGCUCGUGACGAUCAUGGCUUGUGACUUGUGAGUUUGAUCCUCCCUUGCCGUGCCUAAAUUGAAUGCUGCAACAGUGCAACUUGAGCUAAGGAACGAAAGAUCUGAAGUCAUUUUAAUGAGGCAGUGAUGCUUUUUUUAUUAAUAAUUUGGUGAUGCCUACAUUUCUUAAAAUUAAUGCAUGUGCAAAUGUGAACCAGAAUCAUUUCCCAAAAAAACGAAAUCUCUACUUAUAGUUUUCCUUUUUGGGGGAUAAUUAAGCAUUAAUCUGUGAGUUUACCCCCUCUA